CCUACCAAUUAAUUUGAAAAAAGCAAAAGCAUUGCAGCAAAAGAAAAAGAGAGAGAGAAUGCUUGAUGUUAACGCAGUGUGUCGAUCAUGUAGGUCCAUAGUUAAAGCUUAUUUUGGAAUUUGAAGAUGGAUCAUCUUCACAGAUUAACACGUCAAUUUUCCACAGCCAAUCGAAAAUCCUAAUUAUUUCAUUUCGCCUCAAAAAUGGAUAAAUCUCCCCCAAUCAUCUUCAUCCAUAAAAUCUCAUCUCUCUGCACCUCACCUCAGCCAUCGCUUAAUUGAUUCAGUUCCUUUGUCAUUUUCAUGAAUUGAUCCUCGGAUUAAUGGCGGACGCGGCGAGAUCGGCGGGGACGGUGAAGUGGUUCAGCGGCCAGAAAGGCUUCGGAUUCGUCUCGCCGGACGCCGGCGGCGACGAUCUCUUCGUGCACCAGACCGAGAUCCGAUCCGAGGGUUUCCGCACGCUGCGCGAGGGCCAGAGGGUGGAAUUCGCCGUCGAUUGCUGCGACGACGGCCGGAGCAAAGCCGUCGACGUCGCGAUCCUCGCUAGGAAUCAGAAAUCCGGCGGCCGUGGACGUGGCAGAAGCGGCGGCGGUUAUGGCAGGGGGAGAGGUAGGUUCGGUGAUGGAGUGGAGUGCUAUAACUGUGGGAGGAUCGGCCACUUGGCUAGGGAUUGCUAUGGAGACGGCGGCGGUGGAGGUGGAGAAUUUGGAGAUGGCGGUUACCGCACCUAUGGCGGCGAUGGGGGAGGAGAUAGUGAUUAUCGUGGCUAUGGACGCCGUGGUGGAGGCAGAGGUGGCGAUGGGGGAGAUGGUGGUUACCGUGGCUAUGGACGCGGCGGUGGCGGAAUAGGUCGCGGCAGCGGCGGUGGUGGUGGAAGAGUGUGCUACAAUUGUGGUGAAGAAGGGCACUUUGCGAGGGAUUGCCAAAGUUGAUUUUGUUGCAAUUUUACUUUCAAUAUGGGUGGAAACUUACAUAAAUCUUUCAUUUGAUUUCUAUUUUAAUAUUUUCUUGUUAUACUAAUGUAUUUUUCAUCUCCAAUUUUAUACACGUUGUAUUCUUCAACUUCUGUUAAA